GCCGCGCCCCCUUGAAGCGCCACCAGACGCCGCGUCCCGUCCCGGCGUCCCCCGCGCGCUGGCGCGGGGCUUUCUGGGCCAGGGCGGGGCCGGCGAACUGCGGCCCGGAAAGGUUGAGGAAGGGCCCGUCCCGCCUUCCCCGCGCCGGGUUCCGGGGGCGCCAUGGAGCCCCGGGCGGUUGCAGAAGCCGUGGAGACGGGGAAGGAGGAUGUGAUUAUGGAAGCUCUGCGGUCGUACAACCAGGAGCACUCCCAGAGCUUCACGUUUGAUGAUGCUCAACAGGAGGACCGGAAGAGACUGGCGGAGCUGCUGGUCUCCGUCCUGGAACAGGGCUUGCCACCCUCCCACCGUGUCACCUGGCUGCAGAGUGUCCGAAUCCUGUCCCGGGACCGCAACUGCUUGGACCCGUUCACCAGUCGCCAGAGCCUGCAGGCACUGGCCUGCUAUGCUGACAUCUCUGGCUCUGAGGGGUCCGUCCCAGACUCCCCCGACAUGGAUGUUGUACUGGAGUCCCUCAAGUGCCUGUGCAACCUCGUGCUCAGCAGCCCUGUGGCACAGAUGCUGGCAGCAGAGGCCCGCCUAGUGGUGAAGCUCACAGAGCGUGUGGGGCUGUACCGUGAGAGGAGCUUCCCCCACGAUGUCCAGUUCUUUGACUUGAGGCUCCUCUUCCUGCUAACGGCACUCCGCACCGAUGUGCGCCAGCAGCUGUUUCAGGAGCUGAAAGGAGUGCAUCUGCUGACUGACACACUGGAGCUGACGCUGGGGGUGACUCCUGAAGGGAACCCACCCAAGCUCCUUCCUUCCCAAGAGACUGAGCGGGCCAUGGAGAUCCUCAAAGUGCUCUUCAACAUCACCCUCGACUCCAUCAAGGGGGAGGUGGACGAGGAAGACGCUGCUCUUUACCGACACCUGGGGACCCUUCUCCGGCACUGUGUGAUGAUUGCUACUGCUGGAGACCGCACAGAGGAGUUCCAUGGCCACGCAGUGAACCUCCUGGGGAACUUGCCUCUCAAGUGUCUGGAUGUUCUCCUCACCCUGGAGCCACACGGAGACUCCGUGGAGUUCAUGGGAGUGAAUAUGGAUGUGAUUCGUGCCCUCCUCAUCUUCCUAGAGAAGCGUUUGCACCAGACACACAGGCUGAAGGAGAGCGUAGCUCCCGUGCUGAGCGUGCUGACCGAAUGUGCCCGGAUGCACCGCCCAGCCAGGAAGUUCCUGAAGGCCCAGGGACGGCCACCUCCCCAGGUGCUGCCCCCUCUGCGGGAUGUGAGGACACGGCCUGAGGUUGGGGAGAUGCUGCGAAACAAGCUUGUCCGCCUCAUGACACACCUGGACACAGAUGUGAAGAGAGUGGCCGCCGAGUUCUUGUUUGUCCUGUGCUCUGAGAGUGUGCCCCGAUUCAUCAAGUACACGGGCUAUGGGAAUGCUGCUGGCCUUCUGGCUGCCAGGGGCCUCAUGGCGGGAGGCCGGCCUGAGGGCCAGUACUCGGAGGAUGAGGACACAGACACAGACGAGUACAAGGAAGCCAAGGCCAGCAUAAACCCGGUGACCGGGAGGGUGGAGGAGAAGCCGCCUAACCCUAUGGAGGGCAUGACGGAGGAGCAGAAGGAGCACGAGGCCAUGAAGCUGGUGACCAUGUUUGACAAGCUCUCCAGGAACAGAGUCAUCCAGCCAAUGGGGAUGAGUCCCCGGGGUCAUCUCACGUCCCUGCAGGAUGCCAUGUGCGAGACUAUGGAGCAGCAGCUCUCCUCAGACCCUGACUCGGACCCUGACUGAGGAUGGCAGCUCUUCUGCUCUCCCAUCAGAACUGGUGCUGCUUCCAGAGACUUCCUUGGGGUUGCAACCUGGGGAAGCCACAUCCCACUGGCUCCACGCUCCUCUCUCCAUCUUAGAAACCCCUUCUCUUUACUCCCAAGGUUCUGUUCAUGAUUUGCCUCUGGUCCAGUUUCUUAUCUCUGGACUGCAGUGGUCUUCUUGUGCUAGAACUCGGGGCUCAGCCUUGAAUUCCACAGACAAAGUACUUUCUUUUGUCUGUGCCAAGAGGAAUGUGUUCAGAAGCUGCUGCCUGAGGGCAGGGCCUACCUGGACACACAGAAGAGCAUAUGGGAGGGCAGGGGGUUGGGUGUGGGUGUGCACAAAGCAAGCACAUCUGGGAUGGGCACGCUGGCAGAGCCAGUGUGUUGGGGCAUGUGCUGCACUUCCCAGGGAGAAAGAACCUGUCAGAACUUUCCAUACGAGUAUGUCAGGACACACACUUCCAAGGUAUGUAUGCUUUGUUGUUUCUGUCCUGUCUUCACCGAGCGCAGGGCUGGAGGCCUCUUAGACAUUCUCCUUGGUCCUCGUUCACCUGCCCACUGUAGUACCCACAGUGCCCAAGUUCUUACUGGUUUUGGCAAUUAAACCUCCUUCCUACUGGUUUAGACUGCACUUACAAGAAGGAAAAUGCCCCUCGUGCGACCAUAGAUUGAGAUUUAUACCACAUACCACACAUAGCCACAGAAACGUCAUCUUGAAAUAAAGAGUUUUGG